AUGGCGGACAAUCAUCCCUCCCCCGACUACUCCCGCCCACAGUUCCCCUCCCAUAGUGAGCCUCGAGUCUGGCUGAUUACUGCUGGAGAUUCGCCCAUUGGUAUCUCAGUUGCUCGACAAGUCCUUGCGCAUGGAGACUAUGCUCUACUUGGAUUGGUACACUCGACCCUCGACCGGGAUGAGUGCCGUCGCAAUGGAUUUGAUGCCUUCCUGGCCGAGGUUGAGAGUCACAAAGAUGAGGGAUGGGGACAGCGGAUGAAGUCAGUUCCUUUAGACUAUAGGUUGAUGGGCGAAUGUCAAGCGGUCCUUGCGGAAGCAAUUGCGGCAUUUGGCAAGGUAGAUAUUCUCCUUUGUUGUACAAGUCAAACCCUUAUCGGGUCUGUAGAGGAGCUCGCGGCCUCCCACCAUACCCAGAAUCUUGUUCGAGAACAAUUCGAAAUGAAUUACUUCGGCCCUCUCAAUAUUAUAAAGGCUGCAUUGCCUCAUAUGAGGUCGCAAAAGUCGGGGCAUAUUAUGAUACUUUCAGGAAUCACUGCACAUAUCGGAACACCCGGACUUGGGAUGUAUUGCGCAGCAGGCUGGGCCCUUGAAGGAUUCUGCGAUAGCCUUGCAUACGAAAUAGCGCCAUUCAACGUUAAACUCACAAUUUUCCAGAGCAGCAUUGAAAUUCCUAUUCUGACAAAUCUGAUCACAAGCGUGCCUCCGAUUGUUCCCGCCUAUUCACCAGCUGCCAACCAUGCGCCUCUAUUCCGCGGAAUCCUAAAUCGACUCGUACCUCGUCUGCCGGACAUACAGUCCAGAAGUGAUGAAGAUUCCCCAGCCACAGACAGCAACAACGGAAAACAGAGUAGCAGUAAUGCUAGCUCUGCCGGAGAUGGACCAUUUUCGGCCCCCGAAAUUCGAUCAACGUAUCCCCCUCUCAGUUCAGCACAUAUGGAAGUCCUCGUGGCUGAAACUGUAUACGCCAUCACGGCAAUCGGAGGGCAUGAGAAUCCACCAUCACGCCAUAUAGUGGGGCAAGAAGGUGUUGCGAGUGUAAAGGAGAAGCUCAAGACAGUCAGCGAAGAACUGGAGGACUUCAUCCAGGCGAGUUUUGCUAUUGAUUACGCUGCCGACGAGUACCGGCCGAUAAAGGAUGAUAGUAUGGCUAUGGGAAUAGGUAAUGACAAUAUUUAA